CCUCAUCGUGCUACAAGUCUUUUGGCAGCAUGAGGCCACAAGUUGAGACUUGGUAAAGUCGCGUGAAAUGUCCGACGCUUUCAUCACUUCUGGCAGCAAAUUAAUUUCGAGAGAGCUCUCGAAUCUUUGUUCCCCGUUCUUCUUCUUAGAUUCCAGCGGCGGAGACGAAGACGAUGGAGGCGCAUCCGGUCAGCGCUUCGCAGGGGCUUGUGCGCUCCCUUCCUGCCAAGAUCGAGCGGUUGCUGUCGGAGCCCGAGCAGGAGCUGCGCGAGGGAGAGAAGCACAAGAUCCUCCUCCUCAAGGACCACCUCCAACAUCUGAUCGACGGCUAUCUGUUGGAGCCAUCGGAGGUCGAGUUUCCUGCCUCGACGGCCAAGUGCUGGGCGGAGGAGGUACGCGAGCUGUCGUACGACAUCGACGACUUCCUCGACGAGCUCGUCCACGCCAACGCCGCCCACAAGAAACUCCGCGGCAAGAUCGCUAGGCUCCUCCAGGGCCGAAGCCGGAGCCGGUGGGUCGCCAACGAGGUCUCACGGUUCAGGGCUCGUUUGGAGGAGGCGAUUCAGCGAUACAAUAGAUAUUUUCCUGACAGGUGCAUGAAGCGCUCGCCAAGCAGCAUCGAUUCGGAUGCAUGCCGGCUUCCACCGCUGUAUGGGGUGGAGGCUGCAGGCCUUGUUGGUAUCGAAAGCUCAUUGGGCAAGCUCGAGGAGUGGUUGACCGACCAAGGAGAGCGGCGGCUAAGGGUGGCGUCCAUUGUUGGCUUUGCUGGAGUUGGGAAGACAACUCUCGCCAAACAACUGUAUUGCAGGCUUGGAUGGAGGUUCGAUUGCCGGGCUUUUGUGCGGUCAUCCCAAAAGCCUGACUUGAAGAAACUUCUUACCAGCAUACUCUUGCAAGUUCGACAACACCGGCCACCCGAUGCUCUAGAGUCGUGCAAUCUCGCUAGCACGAUCAAGGCACACCUGCGAAAUAAGAAGUACUUCAUUAUAAUAGAUGAUAUAUGGGCUUCAUCAACGUGGGGCAUUGUCCAUCAAGCUUUACCCGAUGAUAAUUGUUUCAGUAGAAUACUGACAACGACAGAAGUGGACGUGGUAGCACAUACAUGUUGUGGUCAUAACUCGAAGCAUAUUUUUAAGAUGGAACCCCUCAGCAAGGAAAAGUCAAAUGAUUUAUUUUUCAGUAGAUUUGUUGGCAAACAAUAUGAAUUUCCUUCUUUCAAAACUAAAAUUUCAUCUGAAAUUAUAAGCAAGUCUGGUGGUUUUCCGCUAGUGACUAUUGCCACAGCCAGUCUUUUAGCAACACAGCCAGACACGAUAGAGCAAUGGAACUACAUAUGGAGUUCACUGAGCUCUAAUUUGAAGACAAAUGCAACUAUAGAAGGGAUGAAACAGGUACUCAGCCUUUGUUACAGCAAUCUUCCUGAUCAUUUGAAAACAUGCAUGCUAUAUCUUAGUUUAUAUCAAGAGAACCACAUAAUUUGUAAAAAUGAUUUGGUAAAGCAGUGGAUAACUGAAGGUUUUAUCUGUGCGAAAGAAGGGAAAGACACGGAAGAAGUUGCAAGUACCUGUUUUGAUGAGCUUGUUACUAGGGGAAUGAUCCAACCUGUAGAUAUCAACCAUAAUGGUGAGGUGCUAUCCUGUACAGUGCAUUACAUGAUACAUCAACUUAUUCAGUACAAGUCCAUAGAAGAGAAUUUCGUCACCGCAAUUGAUCAUUCUGAGACCAAUAUAAGAGUUGCUGAUAAGGUUCGUCGACUAUCUCUCCAUUUUGGUGAUGCAGAAGAUGUAAAACCACCAGAAAAAUUAAGACUUUCACAAAUUCGAUCACUCUUCUUUUUUGGACCCUUCAAGUCUUUGCCAUCUAUAGUGGAGUUUCGACUCCUUCGAGUCCUGAUCCUUCACCUUUGGGGUGAUCAGGAUUACAUAAGGUUCGACCUUACAACAGUCAGCAAGUUGUUUCGACUGAGAUAUUUCGCUAUAGCAUGUAAUGUCACUUUGAAUCUGCAAAGCCAGCUACAAGGUCUACAAUAUUUGGAGACACUGAAGAUAGAUUCAAGACUAAGUGAAGUUCCACAGGACAUUGUUCAUUUGCCGAGCCUGUUGCACCUAAGUCUUCCAGGUGACACAAUCCUGCCUAAUGGAAUUGGCCAUAUGGCAUCUCUUCAUACGUUAGGGUGCUUUGAUCUCAGCAGCAACUCAGCAGGCAAUGUGCUGAGCCUUAGGGAGCUGACCAAUCUGCGGGACCUUCGUCUCACCUGUUCCAGAGUACUUUGUGAGAAUCUUGAGGAAAACUUGGGAUUUCUGGCCUCGGUUCUCUCGAAACUCAGCAAUCUCAAGUCUCUAACUCUGUUACCUGCAGCAUGCUCCUCUAAUGCAAGUACUUCGGAGGCCAGUGAUUCAAGAAAUAAUAUUUCAUUUGAUGGCCUGAGCAGGGUGUCCUCUCCUCCAGCUACUCUUGAGAAGCUCGAGUUGUCCCCCCGGAUUGUCAUCUUUUCCAGACUUCCCAGGUGGAUUGGAGAGCUUGGCAAGCUAUCCAUUCUAAAGAUUGCUGCUAGGGAGGUAUGGCAGAGUGACAUUGAUAUUCUCAAAAAUCUCAAUUCUCUUGCCGCUCUCUCGCUGUAUGUCCGGACCACCCCUGCAGAAAGGAUCAUCUUUGACAAAGAGGGAUUCCUAGUUCUCAAGCACUUCAAGUUCAUCUGUUCUGCACUUUCCUUAGCCUUUGAGAAAAGAGCGCUGCCCAAUGUCCGAAGGCUCAAGCUAGGCUUCAAUGCUAAUAGGUUAGAGCAAUACAGCCUGGCAGAUGCUGGCUUCGAGAACUUGACAGGCCUUGCAGUUUUCUCUGCAAAAAUUGGAUGUGCUGGUGCUGCUGAGUCUUGCAGAGAGGCUGUAAAUUCUGUACUGGAUGAUGCAUUUAGCAAAUGUGUAAGGCGUCCUGUCAUCAAUGUACAAUGGGUGGAUUGGAUUUUUUAUGGUGACACAGAAAUGACGGUCCCUCAAAAGGAACAACCCCAGACUCUAGGAAAAGCAGAUCUAGUCAAAAAGGUAGGCUCAGAUGAUGAAAUUGGAGGAAAGAAUUCAACGGAAGACACAAACAGACGAGAUGAUAGCAGGAUUACUCUGCCACUGGACUCCCCUUCGCAUAUGCAGCAUCCAGGGCUGAACAAAGCAGGGAGCAAGACAGCAAUAGUGAUGAAGAAUGAAAUGGUGAGCAUUUCGAACUCCCUUCUAAUAAAGCUCGAGACUCUGAUGGGGGAGCGGAACGCGGAGCUCACAGGCAUGGGUCAGCAAGGGUUCAUCCUAAAAGAUGAGCUUCAGUCCAUUAAUGAUCUUCUUAAGCAUCUGUCAGACAUGGCUGACCUUAACAUACAAAUGAAGGAGUGCAGGAAUCUAAUGAGGGAACUGGCGUACGACAUUGAGGACUUUAUUGAUUAUCUCAUGGUCCACGGUGUAAACGAAAAGGGUACUCCUGACAAAUUGGUUAUGCUGCAAGACUUUAUUGACCAAAUUCAAAAGCUCAAAGCGCAACUGGAGGAGGCAGACCUAGGAAGCAUGGUGCGUAAGACUGGAAUGCGCACCUCCGGACCAAGCUAUAUGGCAAGCAAGCAAUGGUUGCCCAAAAUCUAUAAUGAUGGCACUUGCCUUGUGGGAAUGGAUGGUCCGCGAGACGAACUAGUAAGGCAGCUGAUUGGUGGCGAUCAAGAUCAGCUGCAAGGGCUCUGCAUAUUGGGAGCUGCAGGAAUAGGCAAGACCACUCUUGCUACACAGGUGUGCAAUGACAUCAAAAGGCGAUUCGAUUGCUGUGCGUUUGUAUCUGCAUCGAAGGUCGACAUCUCCGAUAAGGUCCGCAUGGCAAGGCUUUUCAGAAGUUUACUAUCACAGCUGCCGGGAACUAUUAAUAUCAAAUAUACCAGCAUGGGUUCUCUAAUCUAUGGAAUUAAGAGAAAUCUGCAAGACAAAAGGUUUCUCAUCGUUAUCGAUGGUGUAUGGUCUGCUCAGAUAUUGGAGCACAUCAAAGUUGCUCUGCCUGAGAAUAAACGUGGAAGCAGGAUAAUCACCACUACACACAGCAGCGAUGUAGCAAAAUUAUGUGGCGAGUAUUUCUACAGUUUUAUCUACCAAAUGAAGCCUCUCACUUUUGAGGAAUCUCGUAGAUUAUUUCAUGGUAUAAUAUUUGGGUCUGGAGGAAGUAGUUGUCCUGUUGCACGGGGAAAAGUUGCUGAGGAAAUAGUGAAAGCAUGUGGUGGCAUACCGUUGGCAAUAAGGGUAAUUGCCGGUGCACUGGCCAGUAAACUACCAGAAAUAGAACAGUGGGUCACGUAUGUGGAAAUCGUGAAACAAGCAGGGACGGAUCAUCUCAAUGUAGAAUGGAUGAGAAAAAUAUUUGACAUAAGUUAUUCAGAUAUUUCUUGUGAUAUGAAGACUUGCCUUUUGUAUUUGGGUGCUUUGCCUGAGAACCAUGUGAUCAGGAAGGAUCGCCUUAUAAGGAAGUGGGCAGCUGAAGGAUUUCUCCCAAAAAUAAGUGAGGAAACUUGGUGGGAAACAGGGGAGAGAUACUUUCUAGAGCUUGUUGCCAGGAAACUGAUUGAACCAGUUUAUGAUGAGGAAGAUCUUCUGCCAAUAGGUUGUAAAGUCAGUGGUUCGAUUCAUGAUUUUAUCACAUCCCUAUCCAGUGAAGAGAACUUUGCCAAGUCAGAUGUUACAGAUCCGACAUGUCUGCAGCAUGGUGUGUUCCGGCGACUCUAUGUCGAUCUUGGCUUUGGCAACCAAGAGAAACCAGUGGCUCUGUUUCAGGGAGCAAUAAGUUCUAAAGUCCGAUCACUCACAUUUGUUGGGGAUUUUGGAGGGAUGCCUGAUCUUUCGGCCUUCAAACAUGUGCGGGUGCUGGAUCUCGAAGAUACCAAGGGCUUGGAAAACAAACAACUAGAAAGCAUUGGACGUUUGUCUCUGCUGAGGUACUUGGGACUGGUCGGGACAGGUGUCACCGAGCUGCCUCAACAAAUUGCGGCACUUGAGCAAUUGACUACCUUAGAUUUAAGGCGAACUAGAGUGAGAAAAUUACCAGCAUUUGGAGACAUGAAGCUGGUAUCUCUGCUUGCCGAUGAAUUGAUAACUACCUUAGGAAUGGGGGAAAUGCAAAAAUUGGAGGAAUUAUCAAAAGUCCUUCUGGGUGAUGAUGGUUCAUUUGCUAAAGAUGUGGUAGGGCUUGUUAAUAAGUUGAGGCAGCUGAGGAUGCUUGGGGUUAGAUUUGGUCAUCUGUAUGCUGGGAAUGAUACCGAUCGACCGGGAGUGAAGUAUUUCCUCGAGGAGGUGGGAAAAUCAAACCUGCAGUCCCUUUUUCUUGAUAAGUACCCGCAUAGUUUGCUUCACUUACUGUUUGAUUGCUGGGCCCAGAAAAGGCCACAUUACCUGCGAAAAUUUGAGCUGAGAAUACCCGGCUGCCUCCCACUAGUUCCACAGGAGAUAGCCUCUCUGAUAGCCCUCACACACUUGCAUGUCAAUGUUGAAGUAGUAGAAGCAGAAGGUGUCCGUGCCCUCGGGAAAUUGCCUAACUUAGUACUCUUAAAACUAUGUUCAGAUAGCGGUCCAAGGUUGACCGUGAGUAGCAUGGAUGGCUUUCAGUUUCAGUGCCUCAAGGUGUUCUCGUACAUCAGUCAUAGGGGUGGGAUGGGGCUGCAGUUUGAAGCAGGAGCCAUGCCGCAGCUCCAAAGGCUUUGGCUAGAUUUCAAUGUCCAGGAAACACUGUCCAAAUAUGGCGAUUUCGAUUUUCGUAUCCAGCACCUCUCUUGUCUCCAACAGGUCCAUGCCACUAUCGACUAUGGGGGUACUUCAACAGCUUUGGAGGUGGAGGCCGCUGAGGCCUACAUUAGAGACCAAGUAUCUCAGAACCCCAACAAUCCCGUUUUGGAAUUGAACACAAGACAUCAUGGCCAUUUGACACCGCAUCAAGGGCAGCGCUCUACUGCGAAGGCAGUGGAAGAGUCGGUGAUCGCGAUCCACAGUCUGGAUGAGUGGAGCAUCCAGUUGGACGAGGCCAAUAGCGCCGACCCCAAGAAGCUGGUGGUGAUUCACUUCACCGCAUCGUGGUGUGAACCGUCCCGCAGGAUGGCUCCAGUUUUUGCUGAUCUGGCUAACCAGUUCCCAAAUGUCGUUUUCCUCAAGGUUGCUGUUGAUGAUGAUGACGACGAAAUGAGCAAUAUUGCUGAGCUAUUAGGUGCUGAGAAGUUGCCAACCUUCGUUUUCAUGAAGGGGGGUGACAUUAAGGACAGUGUUGUUGGCGCAACGGAGGAAGAGCUGUUGGAGAAGUUUACGCAGCAUAAGUUGUUGAUGACAUCAACGGAGAAGUUUACGCAGCAUAAGUUGUUGAUGACAUCAACAGAUAGUAAGAUGAUACAAAAUCCUGCUAAGGAUUUAUUGAUAGACACAUAUGGGCAAUUAUCAUUUUUGGAGUAACCCUACCGCAGAAGGAACUCACUAAAUCAGGUGUACCAUAUUCUUUCCAAUAGCUUUAAGCUAUACAGUGACUUUUUAAGUUUUACAAAAUAUAUAUUAUGGUUUAUGUUUAGAUUCAGA